GCUGUGUCAUGACAAGGCAGAAUUGCGCCACAGCAGAUACCACCUGUAUAGCAUACUGUAUGAUAAGACUUGGUAGUUGCGAUAAUAUACCCCUCCAUUCUGAGUGAUCGGGCGCGCACCAGCCACAACCAUAGCCCAGGGGGGUGUUAGCGCUGACGGCCUAAACCGCCUUGCAGUACUUAACGCAGUGACUGCCAUGGACUGACUAUAUGAAAGAUUCCCUCCACAGUGGUAUCGUCAAUAACUUACGAGUCAACCCUCCCUUGUCUUCAUAAUAUAGGCUCCUUCCAUACGCUCGAUACACUCACACUCAUUCUAGAUAAAUUCCCGAUAAAUCCUAAGUACGGAGUAGUACUCUUGGCCCUCCUACUUCCACUUCCACUUUGACCUCAACUUUUAUCAACAAAUCACACAAUGACCACCACCACCACCGACCCCCGCAUCCGAGUCGGCAUCGCCGCCUUCAUCUUCAAUCCCUCGGGUCAAAUCCUCCUCGGCCAAAGAAAAGGCAGCCACGGGACCUGGGCCCUCCCCGGCGGACAUCUCGAGGCGCACGAAUCCUGGGAAGCAUGCGCGGCUCGCGAAGUGCAAGAAGAAACAGGUCUCUCGGUGCAAGAAUUCCGCCAUUUAACAACUACCAACGAUGUAAUCGUAAUGGAUGAUGGGAAUGAGACGAAGUACUACACGACGGUGUUUUUGGGUUGUGUGCUUUGUGAUGGGGAUGCGGUGCCGAAGGUUAUGGAGCCGGAUCAAUGUGGUGGGUGGGAAUGGGCUACGUGGGAUGAGGUUCGAUCUUAUUAUGAGGUGCAGAGGGCUGCGGAGGAGGGUGGUUCAGUGGAGGGGGUUCAGAGGCGGUUGUUUACGCCUAUGCUGAAUUUGUUUCGACAGAGGGAGGGGUUUGAUCCGCUUGUUGGGUAUGGGUGUGAGUGGGGGUGGGGGUUAUGGACGGUUGUGAUGUUUCUUUUUGAUGUUGGGAAAUCGAAUUCAAAGAAAAGAAAACAGGAAGAAGAAGGGGACGAGAGCAAAGAAUAG